GAGGGAAUGCUUGGAGGAGACUCGCGACCCGGCCGGGGCAGAGGAGCAUGGGCAUGUAGCGCGACCUCGCGCGGCAGAAAGGGCCUGAAGACCUUGUCUUGCUUCUUCCAUCUCCACAUUUCACUGAUCCAGCAGACCUGAACGGCAACAAGAUAAGACUGUCCUGGACUCUGAGGCAGGAGAAAGAAAGAGCACAGAGACUGGAGUGAGGACAUCUGGAUUUUGAUCUCAGCUUGGCCACUGUGUGUGGUCUUCGAGAAGCCUCUCCCGACAGUGCCUUGGUAAUGUCCAGGGCUCCAGAAAGAGAAAGAGAUGUCCUUGUGGCUGGAGGCCCCUGUGCCUAAUGUUUCUCCUGACUCUGCGGUGGAGCUGUGGGAACCAGAUGCACAAGAUGCAAACAGCCAGGCGCUGAGAGGCAGCAGCUGCAUCCUCAGGGAGGAAGCCAGCAUGCCCCAAUCAGCGGGGGGCACUUCGGGGGCAGGGCCGGAGGUGGCAGAUCCCACAGCCCUGCUCCCAGGAGUGGAGGCCCCUCCAGAGUCUACAGAGCUCCGUCCACAAAAGCGGAAAAAGGGGCCAGCCCCCAAAAUGCUGGGGAAUGAGCUGUGCAGUGUGUGUGGGGACAAGGCCUCUGGCUUCCACUACAACGUGCUGAGCUGUGAGGGCUGCAAGGGAUUCUUCCGCCGCAGUGUCAUCAAAGGGGCACGCUACAUCUGCCACAGCGGGGGCCACUGCCCCAUGGACACCUAUAUGCGUCGCAAGUGCCAGGAGUGUCGCCUUCGCAAAUGCCGCCAGGCUGGCAUGCGGGAGGAGUGUGUCCUGUCAGAAGAACAGAUCCGACUGAAGAAACUGAAGCGGCAAGAGGAGGAACAGGCUCAGGCCACAUCCGUGCCCCCAAGAGCAUCCUCACCUCCCCAAGUCCUGCCCCAACUCAGCCCAGAGCAACUGGGUAUGAUUGAGAAGCUAGUGGCUGCCCAACAACAGUGUAACAGGCGCUCCUUUUCUGACCAGCUUCGCGUCACGCCUUGGCCCAUGGCACCAGAUCCCCAGAGCUGGGAGGCCCGUCAACAGCGCUUUGCCCACUUCACUGAGCUGGCCAUCGUCUCUGUGCAGGAGAUCGUUGAUUUUGCCAAACAGCUGCCCGGCUUCCUGCAGCUCAGCAGGGAGGACCAGAUCGCUCUGCUGAAGACCUCCGCUAUUGAGGUGAUGCUUCUGGAGACAUCUCGGAGGUACAACCCUGAGAGUGAGAGUAUCACCUUCCUCAAGGAUUUCAGUUAUAACCGGGAAGACUUUGCUAAAGCAGGACUGCAAGUGGAGUUCAUCAACCCCAUCUUCGAGUUUUCCAGAGCCAUGAAUGAGCUGCAGCUCAAUGAUGCCGAGUUUGCUUUGCUCAUUGCCAUCAGCAUCUUUUCUGCAGACCGGCCCAACGUGCAGGAUCAGCUCCAGGUAGAGAGGCUGCAACACACAUAUGUGGAGGCCCUGCAUGCCUAUGUCUCCAUCCACCACCCCCAUGACCGGCUAAUGUUCCCACGGAUGCUAAUGAAGCUGGUGAGCCUCCGGACACUGAGCAGCGUCCACUCAGAGCAAGUGUUUGCGCUGCGCCUGCAGGACAAAAAGCUUCCCCCACUGCUCUCUGAGAUCUGGGAUGUGCACGAAUGACUGUCCUCGGCUGGCUGAGGCCCCGCUGGCGGCCUCCUAGAGGUGGAACAGACUGAGAAGGGCAAACAUUCCUGGGCGCUGUGCAAAAGCCAUCCUCACGUGGCAUUAAAGGAAAGUCAAAGGGUGGGGAGUUUUGUGACUGCUGGGCACUGAGGGUCCUGCCAAAGCUGUGCCCCAUUUGAACACUGUACUGACCUGAUCAAAUGGAUGAACCUGGGGGCCCCUUUGCACAAGGUUCUCCAGGCCCUGCCUAUCCUGCCUCCACCACUUCCUGUUUUCCCCACAGGGCCCCUAGAGAAAUUCUCCACUGUCACUCUGCGGCUUGACCAUAAAUGCCUCGGGGCUGCCUCCCUGAUAGUCGGCCUGGUACUGUUUGUACAAGAAGACAAAAAUGAAUACAGAAUGAGAG